AUGAAGUUCUUAUUCACUCUUCAGCAAAAUGUUAAGGAGGUUGAUGUAGAUCCAACACUUUCUCAUGAUGCACUUAAAGAUGUACUUGUUAAACAGUAUGGAUACAAGGACGGAACUUACAAAUUCAUUUUCAAAGGAAAAGUUAUUGGAAACACAACUGCACCACUCCAAGGAAUUCCAGAAGGAUCCAAGAUUUUCUUAUAUAUUAAGGCGUCAGAAUCAGCACCAGCUGAGUCUAAGCCAGCCGAAGCUAAACCAGCUCCACAACCACAGCCAGUUCAGGCACCACCAAGACCAGCUCCAUUGCCUGCGCAGCCAGCACCACAACCAGUCCCAAGACCAUCACCAAUUCCACCACAGUUCCAACAAAAUCAGCCAAGACCACAACCAGCGAACGAUUUACAACAGUUAGAGGAAAGUGUUAUUAAGCCACUCCAUUUGCGAGAAAUUUACGAUCCAGCAAACGAAAUUACAAAUAACAUGGAACUUACUUGCGAAGUUUCGGAAAUUCUUCGUAGGAAUCCAUUAGCUACAUCAGUGUUCUUGAAGCAGGAACAAUUAUCACAGCCAGUUUACCUUGCAAACUCUGCACACGUUGUUUUUAAUAUCGCAUCCAUGCUUGGUGUUCCUCUCCAUGAUUUAACUAUGCCAGAAUCCGAUUUUGAUGCAGAACUUGAGCAGUUGUCUCGCCAACAGAAGGAAAAAUAUGAUGCUUUAGUUAAAGACUUUGAACAACAAAAGGAAAAAGUUCUUGAGUCAUUAAUUAAUAACGAUUUCGAUUCCGUUAAAGCUCGAGCAGAACUUGAAUCUCAUUAA